AUGAAACUGGUAGUGCUUGCUACAAUUUUGGUAGGUUUGGUAUUCUGCGAAGAAGAACCUAAAGCCUUUGAAGAUGACUCGUAUUUGGAAGCUUUGAAAAAAUCCCGCAGUGAAAGUGAAAAUUCUCUGGAUGAAAAUAGCAAAACGAAGAAAAUUAAUAGGAGGGAAUAUGAUGUUAAUAAUGGUUAUUAUUCACAAUCGCAGUACGGACAACCUAUAGGACCAACUCCCAAUUACGGACCACCAGUGCCACAGUAUGGCCCCCCUAUACCUAAUCCUCCCCCAAACCCAGCACCAAUCUACGGCCCCCCUCCCAAUUACGGGCCCCCUCCCAACUACGGCCCCCCUUCCACGUCCCUCCAAGUGUUCUACGGCGCGCCCCACGCUCUGGAGUCCUUCUGGGAAAAACUGAAGUUCAAAUUGAGCAUUUUCACCCUGGGAAAGAUACUGCUCAAGCUGGUGAUUUUCAAGAAAAUCGUCAGCUGGAUAGCGGUGCUGUGUCUGCUGUUAUUCCUGCCUUCUUUGAAACACAAAGACCAGUCGAGUAUGAAUGACGAAAGGAAGUUCCAUGGCAGGAAUAUCACAGGUGAUGAUGCUCUCACCAAUGUAGCCGAUUUCGUACUGAGAGCACUGGACACAAUUCCGCACAAAGAAAAUCCAAAAAGUACAUGA